UCUCUUAGCUUAUUUUUGCUAUAUAUAUUUGCCGCUAUUAUAUAUAUUUGUAUAUGUAUAUAAUCUGCAAGUCGGCUAUCUUUUGUAAUAUCUGGAUGUUUGGUGGUCAGGGAGCAGUCUUUCAAAAAAAUUCUAGUGGUGAGAGUGAGUUGGAAAAUGGUUAGAAAGAGAGUUGGAACAGCCCAAGUAGCUAAAAAGUUAUAAUAAAGAGCGCAGAAUUAUUGGAAACCGGACGGACGCUCUGCUGACUAUCCACUAUAAAGUCUUUUGGUUCUCGGUGUGAUGCCUUCCAAUGCUCAGUCAUAGUCCCCAAAGAGUGUAUUAUAAAAUGUAUGGUGCUACCCGUAGUGAGAAAACGGAGGAGUUGUUCGCUCUCUGAGUCGAUGGAACGGCUUCAUUGUGUAUUUGGAGUUUGAACAGACGAGUCAUUUUGUACUAUACGGAAUCGUUAAAAAGAAGGUUGAAAAUUUUCUGUGUUUGGAAGAAAAAUUUGUUUGGUGUUGCUUGGAAUAGAAGAAGAAAAGUUUGCUUUUAAGAUUCUCCAGAGGAAUCAGUAUAGGGUGAAAAUUGUUCUUGUGUGAUCCCACGGAAUUUGUUUUUGUACAUCAUACUUGAAAAAAAAACAAGAAUUUACAAAAAAAAGUGUCCGUUUGAAUAGUUGGUGCCUGUAGGUGUUACAAAUUGUAUUGCUCUAUUCUUUUUUUUGUUGUUGUCAAAUGUUCAUUGAACCAGAUGAAAAGAGAAUAAUUUAAGUGAGGAAGAUAAUUUUAUUAAAAGGUGUGAACGGUUUUUUUUUCCCUCAAUAUUACUAACAGUUCAACACUCAAGACAUUUUUGUGAAGUUUAUAAGAAAAAAAAGAAUACAUAAAAAAGUGCCUCAUCCGUUUUAUGCACAAAAUAAUAAGAAAAUUGUGGUAGCUGUUGUGUGUUAAAAAAAGUCACCACCGGAGGAUUAAUAGCUCUAUUCUGACCGACAAAUUUUUUUCUAUAUAUAUUGUGUUGACGACAGAUUCAGAAAUAAAGACACCGAAAUGGGGAAAGUGCAGAGUAAGAGGUCUAUGGACAUAACCACAGAGCAAUCAAAAGAUGCUGUCCAAGAAGGGAGUGGUAAAGUUGGCAAAAUUGAAGAAGUUGAUCAGCCGAUUAAACUGAAUGGAGACACAAAUCACGAGACUAUGGACAAAGAUAAGAAAUUGUCACCAGACAAUGCGGAAAAUGAGAAGGAUCUCACGACAGAGAAAGAUAAGACAGUGCAAAAUGGCAAGGAUGAAACACAGAAUGAUGAUGAGAAGGUGAAUAAGAGUGUAGAAAAUGGUGAUGGCGAUGCCACAUUGAAUGAGAGCAAAGUGUCAGAAGCAGCAAGUCCGGGUGCACCUGCUGAGAAUGGUGACAGCAGCAAACAGAAGCCGAAGAAGGAGAAGGUGAAGAAAAAGUGGUCCCUGAGGAAGUUUUCAUUCAGCAAAAAGGAUAAACAGAAGCCAACGGCAAAGGAGGAAACAGCGAGCAAUGAUGCCAACGAAGGUGCCAUGUCUUCUACCCCAGCAUCACCGCCAAUUGUGGUCAAUGGCACUGAGUGUGAGAAAGUCCCUGAAGAGGCCACUGAAGAAGUUGCAGCUGCUGCUGCUGCCAGUCCAGCUGCUGCUGCUGCUGCUGCUCCCGCUGCAGAGACUCCCAAGGAAGAAGUUGCAGCUCCGGUAGCUGCUGAAGUGACACCAGAAAAGACAACCGUAGAAGAAAAGAAAGCCGAGGAGACAACUCCAGCCACUCCAACGGUCCAGAAUGGUGAAGCAACAACUCCUGCCAAGGUUGAAGAACCAGCAGCAGCUACUACUCCAGAGACAAAAGUUGAGGCAACACCAGAAGUUACUCCUCCCACAGAUGCUGCUGCGGCGGCGGCGGCGGCGGCGCCAAAGGUGGAGGCGGCGGCUCCUGAGGCAGCAGCCCCAGAAGUAGUUGCUGCACCAGAGCCUGUUGUUGAAGAGGUAAAGAAGCCCGAAACGGUGACAGAACAAACAGUCGAGGCUGGUGAGGGCGCUCCUCCUCCACUUCCCACUAUUCCGCCACCCUCUAAGGUGUUGGUGUUUGCUGAGAGUGCACUGUCCACAGCGACAGAGUCCGAAACUCCUGCUAUCCCAGUUGUCACAUCCUCCCCUUCCGUUGCGAAUGAUUCCGCUGAGGUCGUAGGUCAGUCCAAUGCUUCUCCUGUUGCUGCUGCUCCUGCUGCUGAUGCUCCUGUUCCAGCUGAGGCACCAGCUCCUGUUGUGGAGGAGGCAAAACCCACAGAAUCUCAAUCACAGGUCCCAGCUGAUGUUCCAGCUACAGAAGUCCCAGUUGCAGCUCCCGAAACACCUGUUCAAGCUUCCGAAAAUCCCGUUCCUGUUUCAGAAACCCCAGUUCAAGUUGCCGAAUCCUCCCCUGCUCCAGCUCCAGUUCCUGAAAGUCCUGCUCCAGUUACCGAGGCUCCUGCCCCAGUUACCGAAGCUCCUGCUCCAGUUACCGAAGCUCCUGCUCCUGCCCCAGUUUCCGAAGCUCCUGCUCCUGCUCCAGUUCCUGAAGCUCCGGCUCAAGUUUCUGAAGCUCCGGCUCCAGUUUCUGAACCUCCAGCUGCAGCAACAGAAGUUGCAGCAGCCGAAACACCAGCUCCUGAAGCACCGUCCACAACUGAAGCAGCACCACCAGCAACUGAACAAAUAGCCGAAACAAUUGCCCUGAUUGACAAAGUGAACGAAGCAGCUGCCACAGAGAAAGAUCUUCCGCCUCCUCCACCGGCGCCCGCGGCCGAUGACACCCCUGCGUCUGUUCAGGAAGAAUUGUCCGUGGACGCAUCGUCGCCACUGCCACAGAAUAGUCUUGAGACCCUUCCAUCGCCACCGUCCUCCCUCACGCCGAGUGAAGGGAGUUUGCCCCUGCCACCUCCAGAGUCCCCAGUUGUACCGGUGGCUCCAGCUGGUGAGGAACAAGCCAAGGUGGCCGAUGCAGCUCCAGUUGUGGCUGGUACGAGCCCAUCUGAGGAGUUGCCACCACCACCACCGAAUCCCCAAGAAGUUGCUGCCGAUGAUGCCAAGUCCCAAAGCAUUCCGCCAGCCGAUCAGGCUCAACCCGCAACCAAUGGGCAUGCUGAGCAACAAGUGAAGUCUGAUGCUGCUCCAGUGGCUGAAGCGCCGGCGGAGAAUGGACACUCAGAAGAGAAGAAAGAUAUUCCAGAAUCACCCGUAGCUCCAGCUGAGAAGGCUGCUCCGGCAGCUCAGACGCCUCCAGCUGCUGAUGCCGUGAAGGUGGAAUAAAUGAGCAGAGUUUUGAGCAAGAAGGGAGAGAAUGAUGUGGAAGGACAUUUAAGAAAAAUAAAUAAAUAAAACGAUGGAGAAAAAAAUUGGUGAAACACUUAUACAAGAUAAAAGAAAAAUCAUCUUGAAAAUUAUGUUUAUCCAUCGGAAAAAAUUAGAUUACUUCGAGAAAAAAGAAAUGAAGAUUUUUCAUCUGUAAUUAUUUUAUAAUAUUUGCUACAUGUUAAUUGAAGAUAUUUGAUAGAAGAAGAAGAAAAAAUACGAAUGAAUCCUCAUAUACAUAUUAAAAGAAAAAAAAAUAAAUCUGAGUAAAAAAAAUAUACUAGUUUCUAUUGCAAAACAGAUUAGAGGCAAGAAAAGAAUUUUGAAAAGAAAAAGAAACAAUUUUUCUACGACGAUCAAAAACACGGUCAAUUUUGAAUCCUUUUUGAUGAGAUUUCAGGAGGAGCGAUUUUCUACCCAAGAUUUUUCUACACACACUUUUUCUUAUUAUACAAAAAAAAUGAAAGAAGAUAUUAAUAGUAACGUUUUUGAUAAAAAAUUUUCAGACAAUUUAAAACAUUUUCCACAUUGAAAGAGAAAAAGAAUCAAGAGGAAUUUUUUAAUGAUGCGCAAAUAGAAUCGAAGCUCAAAGUUGAACAUUUUCGAUCGAAUCUUAAUCAAUUUAUUUUAUUUUCAUAAUAUUUGUAUAAAAAAAAGUAAACUCUAGUAAUAAAUUUUCACUAAUUGUCAAUGUAAUCCAUGGUAGAAAUAAAGAAAAUAUCACGAGCUAAAAAAAAAAA